GUUGCGUUGCGUAAACACGGAAUCUGUUGUUGUCAGGAAGCUAUACAGAUUAUUUAUUGUGCAGUUAAUUAGUAAAGGCUUCGCACAUUUCCUAAGCAAAGUGUUAAGGUGUCUGUGUGAUCCUUUCUCAGUAAACCAUUUCCGUCUGCUACAGUUAGGCCUACAAAAGUCAUUUAAAAUGAAUGACGAGGACAAGAGAGAAAGCAAGAAGAUGAAAAGAAAAAUAAGUAAGGACGAUUCAGCUGCGAGGAAGAGACAGAAAAUAAAAGACAAAAACGAGAGAAAGAGUGGCGCAGCUCAAAACACAGACGCUCUUGGGGGAAAAGUUGACUCCACAAAAACUAAGGUGAAGCAUUCCGACAAGGACAAAGAGAAAAAACAUAAAUCUGCCCACUCUUCAGAUGAGAAGACAAAAAACUCAGAUGAAGGCAAUAAUACCUCUAAAGUAAAGAAAAAUGAGAAAGGACAACUUGUAUUUAAAGACCACCCAGAGUUCAAACCUAACAUGACGCCCAAAGAGGUAUUGCAGGCAGGCAGUUUUGGGGGCACCUAUUUCAGGCCUAUCUACUCCAGCAUCACAAAGCAGCACUAUAAGGACGUUUGGCAGGAGCUUCCCAAAGACUGGCUGGAUGGACUGGACAUACCUAAACAGGUGGCAUCAUUAACGUACAGGGAAAAUGUGAACACCUAUAAAGUGAAGUGUGGAGGCAGUCUAGAGAUGUGGGAAAGCAGUGGGUGGAUCGUGCCCCAGGACCCAUAUGGCUGGUUCCAUUGGUACUGCAGAUUUUACCAAGGCAGGCGCACAGAGGGUGAUGCACGCCAGAUCAGUCGCUGGGCCAAAUGUGCAGGAGUUAAAGGUCGCUGGCGGAAUAACCUCAUAACAAAAGUGGUCAGGUCCGGUUGUGCUUACGACAACCACAGCGUUUCCCCGGUGGUCAGGCAAACUCUGCAGCACUGGGGCUACAAACUCACCUUGGAGGACUACAAGGAGGGAGCAAAGAGAGUCAAACUCAAAUAACAUUAACAGACUCUGGCAAAUAGACCUAAUUCAGUUUAACACAAGGUGCAGAUAGCACUGGCAAUUGUGCAUGGAAAUUAAAGGAGUAGUUCACCCAAAAAUAAAAAUUCUCUUAUCAUGUACUCUCCCUCAUGCCUUCUCAGAUGUGUAUGACUUUCUUCUGCAGAACACAAAUGAAGAUUUUUAGAAGAAUCUAUCUCAAUCUCAGCUCUGUACAUCCAUUGAAUGCAAGUGAGUGGUGACCAAAAAGCAUAUAAAGGCAGCAUAAAAGUAAUCCAUAGGAAUCCAGUGGUUUAAUCCAUGUCUUCUGAACUGAUCCAGUAGAUUUUGGAUGAGACAAACCAAAAUGUAACUCCUUUUUCUCUAUAAAUCUUGACAUCAGCAGUCUCCUUGGCGAUCAUGAUUUCAAGCUCAGUUACACUUCCUAGCGCUCUGUGCAUGCAUCAAGCACUAGGAAGUGUAAUCAAGCUUGAAAUCAUGAUUGCCUAGAGAAUCGUGCCUUGAGACUGCAAUGGCAAGAUGUACAGUGAAAAAGGAGUUACAUUUUGGUCUAUUCUCACUCAAAACCGAUUACAUCUCUUCAGAAGAUGGAUUAAACCACUGGAGUUUUAUGGAUUACUUUUAUGCUGCCUUUUUGUGCUUUUUGGAGCUUCUAAGUUUUGGUCACCAUUCACUUGCAUUGUAUGGACCAUCAGAGCUGAGAUAUUCUUCUAAAAAACUUUAUUUGUGUUCAGCAGAUGAAAGAAAGUCAUACACACCUUGGAUGGCAUGAGGGUAAGUAAAUGAUAAGAGAAUUUUCAUUUUUGGGUCAACCAUUCCUGACAAAUUUGUUCCAAAAAUUGCCUUUUUAUUUGGACUUCAAAGUCCAAAGUCUUCUGUAUCCAUAUUCAAUUACCUCUGCACCCUGUAACUGGCAAGUAAGUUUUCAGUAAGCUAUUUUGGCUAAUUGAACAAUUAGGCUUCACAAUUGUCCCUUUUGAAAAUGUUGGAUCCAAGCAGAAGUAGACUUUUUUUUUUUUUUUCUAGAUCUGAGAACACUGCCACACUUUUAGACAUGUCUUGGAGAAAUUAUGAGAAAGGAUUUGGGAUCGGAUAUGGGUGUUUUUACAAUGAUUUUACAAUGCUACUUUUUUUUCAAGGUUUAUUUUUAUACCUGCUGAACACGCACACUCAUUUAUAAAUGUCUCAUGAUAUAACUUUUUUUUUUUUUUUUUUUUUUUUUUUUUUUACAUUUUUUGUUAUAAAAUUACAAACUUUCUUUAUGACAUCUGAAUGCAGUUUAUCAAAAGU